UAGAAUAGCAAGGUGUGCACAGCAGUUCUGUUAUGUUAUGAAUGAUGUUUGCAAUUUAGUUGUGCGGUCAUCUCCAAACAGAACACAUAAUGAAUCUGUUACAUUGCAUUACUUUGGCUGUUUACGCAGUGUCUUCUGUACACUGCGAAUCCCUCAACCAAACUACCGAAAUUCCUCCUCCUCCUCUCUCGGACGAAGAGAUCGAAGAUCAACGAAUUAUAAAUGAAACCAUCACAAAAUACGGUUUUCCGCGAGACUACACCGCUCUUGGACUGCCAGGACCUGAACUGGUUGCCGAUAAGAAAAAGAAUUCCAUUUCCAAUGAACUAGUACAUUGGGAGUCAGGGGCGUACACUCUCAAAGUACGAGCCAUAACCGACCACUUCAGUUAUAACGCCCGCUACGAAAAUACAAAGAUAAAGAAAAUCGGAAUUGAAGAAAUUCCGGUAACAAAGGGCCAGUUUGCUGAACAUUUUGAAAGGAAAAGUUGGGGAUACUACAUUCGAACUAUCGGUUAUACUCUGGAUGAAAACGGUUACCAGCAGUUCCUCAUUGACCUUUCUACAGCCAAAACAAGGCCUCAUGUUUCUGUUAUUAGUGGAGGUCCUGGUGGACCGGUUGGAGACAAAGUUUCAAUAUCAUCUACAGUACUUGGAUCUUUAAUCGGGGGAAAUGCGCUGGGUUAAAAGUGAACAAUGCUGAGAAUAUUUUUUUAGCUAUUCGUAAUACUAGUGUGGGUUGCUAAUUAAAAAAUUAGUAUUCUUUAAACCUAUAAACAGUGGUACCUUUAGACUGUCCUAAUACAUAUGUCAUUCAAAGUACUUAUGUAAUAUCUGUACUUCAUAUUGCAUUUUCAUUAUUUAUACGUUGUCAGCCUGUUACUUAUUUCAAUAAAAAGUUUUAAAAAUUG